AUGGAUCACAUUCCCAUGAGAGAAGUUGUGAUUGAUAUCCGAUGCGAUGUAAAUAUAAACGGGGAAGCAGGAAACCCCGACCUUUUGGAUGCCAAACUCGGGAAGUUAUCUUCUGCCAAGGACUGCAAUGCACCGGCAAGUUUAGAUGGACCAGUCAGGGGUGAAAAUGGGGCGAGCUUGAGCAACAAUGCGAAUCAGACGGGUUAUGUUUCUCCGGUUCAGGAGAAGAACGUUAGGAAGGAAAAACGCAAGUCAAGUAGUGCCAAAAAGCCGCCUAAACCUCCCCGUCCUCCAAGAGGAUUGUCAAUGGAUGCUGCUGAUCAGAAGCUGAUCAAAGAGAUUGCUGAGCUUGCGAUGAUCAAACGUGCAAGGAUAGAGAGAAUGAAGGCGUUGAAGAAAAUGAAAGUAGCAAAGGCAUCUUCCACUUCGUUGAGUGGAAACUUGAUUGCCAUGUUAUUCACUGUUCUCUUCUGUAUUGUGAUCAUUUUUCAAGGAAUAUCCCCCGGAAAUAACUCAGUUGCUGUCUUCCAUGGUUCACCGGAGACAAAUGCUGGACCAGAUAGUGGUUUCAUCACGGUACAUGACCACCAAAAUAUAUUCACUCACAACACUUCGUCAAUUGGUUCUGGGUCUCCCAAUAUGUUGGAACUAGCUACUGGUUCAGAUAUCAAGGAUUAG